UGUUGUUGCCGUAAAUCCAAGACCAAGGGCAAAUUCCAAUUGCCUGUCCUCAGAGGAGGAGGAAGGACCCCGCAGUGCUGCUAGACCGGCUAGACCCACCAAACGUCCCGGAGUACUGGUCGGACUCCACGAGUGACGAGGACUUUGACGUCACGAAUAAGUCAAUCGAUGCUGAAGACCAGCAGGUGAUACUUCUAGUAGUUUCCGCUAUUCCUCCAGCGCCCCCAUGGCGGAGACCUGAAAGAAGCAAUGGCCAGGGAGAUAGCUGCUAAGGUUCGGUCCAUCGUUGGCGCCGCGGCGCCAUCAGGCAGCUACCUCCUUGACGCGUUUGGAGAUGUGAAUAGAGUCUGGGACCGCUUCUUCCUCCCCAGACGCGAAAAGGGCCCCGACCAACUAAAGGCCACAACACUUCGAGGGUACUGCGACGCCCUACAGCGCUUCCUGGGGUAUGUAAUUAAUAGCGCCAAGGUGCGCCCUUCAAGGGCUGAGCGGCUGGCCCUCAAGCGCCUCCAGGCCAAACUCCCUGGCUGGAAGACAUGGCUCAGGAAGUUCCAGAAAUUGGAGCGUGGGGUGCGCCACAUGCAGGACACCGAGAACGUCCUGGACUUGGGGCAGGUCAAGCAAGUGAUAAAUUCUGCGGCUGCGAAGAAGUGUGGCGCCCGCUUAGACCUGGCCUUAGAGGAAUAUGAAAAAGGCCUCCCCGAAAGCCCCGUGACUACCCAGGAGGUGAUCGAUUGCAGAAAUUACCUCAUCGCCUGCCUGGUCACUUUCUGCACGGCACGGGCUUCCCUCAUUUCAGGAUUAACCAUUGAGGGCUUCAAGAAAUACAACAACCCCAAGGUAGACAAGCACGGUCUGAAGCAGUUUAACGUGACGGAGCACAAGACUGCAGGUGCGCACGGCCCCCUGACUGUACAUCUCGACCGUGAGACCCGGGACAGGGUCUAUGCUUACAUUAACGUAUUCCGCCCCCUCCUGCUGAUAGCCGGGAAACGAGUGGCGAGCGCAAAUGUACAUAAUUGCAUGGGCUCCUUUCUGAAGAAAUCUGAGCAGAACAUGAUCAAGAUAAUAUUCGUGGCUAUAAUCCAAAGCAAAAAGUACCCAUCUGAGCUGGAGAUUGAGAAAAAAUUGAGAUCGACCGGAAGGUCCAACCAGAUGUGGGAGCGCUGGGGCUGCCCCCGGCUAGAGGAAGAAGCUUGUGACAAAAAUUUACAACAAGCGGAAGCUCCAUCUAAGAAAUCUUUAAACCCCUCCUACAACCCGACCAGUGCCAGAUCCUACUGAUGGACACCGCCCGAGUCAGCACCAGUGCCAGAUCCUACUGAUGGACAGCGCCAAACUUCGUUGCUUAUGUUGCGGGGUAAUAGUUUCACGGAACAUCGUUAUCAUUUAAGAAAAUUGAAACAAAUGAGAUGUACAAGUUAUAAUGACGUUUCAAUUAAGAAAGUCCGAACUGAAAAAUUGCAAAAGCUCUUUAUUAGAUGAAUCGUCAAGUGGAUUUUUCUGUUGUUCAUGGAAAAGAAAAGUCAUGUUCAACAUGUAUUACAUUACGUAAUCACAUAUUUAAAUUUUUAGAAAUAUUGCCCAGGAUACCUUUUAAGUGAUAACAAACGAGUAAACUACUUUUCCCAUUUC